UCUUUUUUUUGCGGGGGGAGGAAGAGGGAGCCGAACGAAAGCAAGCGACAGAGAACAACUCGUAUUUGUAUUCGUCGAUUCCGUCGACGCGAAAAUGAACGAAUUCCUGAACCGAUUGAUGAAAAGAGGAGGCGAUUAAAAUAAAUAAAUUUUUUCGAGUGAUCGACGUACGUAUACGUGCGUUUCUUUCUCACCCACCAAUUGUCAUCAUUACGUAAGGGUCGAUGGAGGAUUUUAAAGACGCGAACGUCAGUUUCGGUGUCUCUCUCUCUCUCUCUCGGAAUGUUUUACGACGCGACGAUGAGAGCUAGCUGACUUUUUAACUGAGAGAGAGAAAGAGAGGAAAAGAAGAAGAAGAGGAAGAGGAAGAAGAAGGAAACGAGAGAAAGAGUUCAAAGAGAUUGCAAAGCAUGGUGGAUAAACUGCACGAGUACGAGGGUUUGGCUGGCAGGGUGCACGACGUCAGAGACAAGUUUAAAGAGAAAUGGGAGACAUGGAAAGAGUGGAGAAAUGGGAUACCGAUGGACCAGGGGAUCGAAGGGUUUUUGAAUCACCUGCGAGGACCACCCAAAUUGGAGAGAAGUUUGGACGAUUACGAGCAUAUUUACAGGAAAAAGACACGGGCAGAGUUGGUACGGGUAUCCGCGGCCGUGAUGGGAAUCGAAUUUUCGUACGCCGCGGAAACAGCGUUCGUUUCACCAACCUUGUUGAAAAUCGGCGUGGAUCACCAGCACAUGACCCUGGUCUGGGCCCUCAGCCCUCUCAUCGGCUUCUUCGUCACGCCAAUUUUGGGAAGCUUGAGCGACAGGUGCAGAUCAAAAUACGGAAGGAGAAGACCGUUCAUCCUGUUACUGGCCCUCGGCGUUUUGAUAGGUUUAAUACUAGUUCCAAACGGAGAAGACAUGGGAUACGCGUUCGGAGACGUUUCAUCUACGUGGAGCAACUACACGGUCCCUUUGGGACAUCGAACCACGGCGAAACACCCGAAGGAGGAGUCGGCGAAACCUCCGUCUCACUCUUGGGGAAUUUUCUUCACGAUUCUGGGCACAGUUCUCCUCGACUUUGACGCCGACGCUUGCCAAAGUCCCGCCAGAGCUUACUUGCUCGACGUCACUGUACCUGAUGACCACGCCAAGGGUUUAAGCACGUUCACCAUAAUGGCAGGCUUGGGAGGCUUCAUGGGGUACGGGUUGGGUGGAAUCAAUUGGGACGCCACUGCGUUGGGAGUUAUGCUAGGCGGGCAUCUUCACGCCACUUUCACUUUGAUCACCAUUAUAUUUAUUAUCUGUGUGUCCUGCACUAUCACGAGUUUCAAAGAGAUACCGUUGCAGUUGUUGGAAAGCGAUGAAUAUCGACAGCUGCAGGAACAAAAGGCAUGUCGCGCGGAGGAGAGGGAGGACGAGCAAAAGGAACACGAGAAGAUCGCCACGGACGAGUGUGUUUCUUACGGCACGUUGGACAAUGAUUCAGAAAUUGCUACCAAGAAGGACGAGUUUGUUCUCAAACCUCUUCCAAUCCAAGAACCGGAGAAAAGAGCUGGCCACGUCCCCAUGAUACCAGAUGUACCCGCUAGUCAGGUUGAACAAGGCACGCUCGAUCAAAGUGUCGAAGGAAAUCCAAAAGUCUCGCUGAGGGAGUAUCUUCUUUCCAUCGUGUACAUGCCGCACAGCCUUCGCAUGGUGUGUCUGACUAAUUUAUUUUGUUGGAUGGCACACGUAUGUUACUCCCUGUACUUUACCGAUUUUGUUGGCGAAGCUGUUUACGGUGGAAAUCCACAGGCUCCGGAAGGCAGCAGAGAAAGAGAACUGUACGAAAGUGGAGUUCGUUUCGGGUGUUGGGGAAUGUCCAUGUACUCGUUAUCCUGUUCUUGUUAUUCGCUGAUCAUUGAAAAGCUCAUAGAACGCUACAAAGCUCGGAGGGUGUAUAUUUGCGGCCUGCUGUUCUACAGCACUGGCAUGAUGAUGAUGGCGCUGACGAAACAUCCCGCGGGAGUGAUCAUAUUCUCUUGGACCGCAGGUGUCAUGUACUCUACGUUAUUCACCAUGCCGUAUCUUCUAGUUGCACAUUAUCAUGCCUCAUCCACGUUUGAGGUGACAGCCGAGGGUGAAGCCGUUCAAAGCGUAGGAGUGCGUGGUCUUGGCACAGACGUUGCCAUCGUCUCCUCCAUGGUGUUUCUGGCGCAGUUUCUCCUCUCCUGUUGUCUGGGGACCAUCGUCAGCAAAUCUGGUACCACUACAGCCGUUGUAUGCGUGGCAAGCACCCUCGCUGCCUGCGGAGCCGUUUCUGCGACGCAGAUCAUGUAUCUGGAUCUUUGAACUGAUCCUUGUUGAUAAAAAAAAAAGAAACAGACUCCAAUUCUCUCCAAUCCGCUCUUACUUUCUGUUAAUUUAUUAUUUGAACAUUAUGUAAAAUUAUAAAAUUAUUUGUAAUUUAUUAUCCAGCGUUGUGAGAUUAUUUAAACUCGGAGAAGGGAUUUUUAUAUCUCGCUCGUUCCAAAAUCCCGUAGACACGUAGAACAAAGGGAACUGAUGGAAUUUAACUUGUGACUUGGAAGAUUCGAUCAUUGGAAUUUAAAGAGAGGUAUCUUGCUUUUAUAUUCAGUUGACAAAACUCUUUCGCAAAAUACGUGAGUUUUGAACAAAAUUGGAACGCAACAUCAAGGCGAUGUUGAUCCAGUCAUCGUUCUCUCUUUUCUUUUCCUCUUUCCAAUGAUGGAAUUGUUUAUACUUGAACCAUUUUUAUUUUGUAAAUUAACAGAAAAGAGAUAUUAUCCGAUACUUUUCAAACGCUCGUUAAACCAACUAAAAAAUAGAAUAAUAUUGGUCUAAAAAUUAUUCAGAGAAAAAAAUAUUCUACGAAUUUGGCUGAAUCGACAUUUUUACACAUGGAAAAAAAAAAGAAAGAUUUUCAAUCCUCUUGAAAGAGGAAGGUCUUGAAGAAAUGUAACAACAAUAAUGAUGCACAAAUAACGGCCCUGUGUAUCUAUGAUACAGUCACGACUUAUAUCCACUUGUACGGUUAAAGGAUACUUGUAAAUAAAUGUAACUUGUAAAAACCUAAUAAAAUACAUAGACAUUUACAAUCUGUA